AUGGUUGCCUCGAACCUCUGCCGCGUGGUGGCGACUGCAUGCGCACGACGACCAGCAUCAUGGGUCACAUUCAAGUCGGCCGUCAUCGUCCGCCAUCCUCUUCAUCAAAUCCGCACUCACCCUCACCACCGCCAGUUCUUCCGCCCAACCACGGCUUCCUCUGCUCCACAGCCGGCCGCGACGGACUCGGAACAAGCAGACCGUCUGGCCCGUCAAGCUCCGUCCUGCUUGCCACCCCAAACUCCAGAGGACGACAUGGAAAUCAUGUCUCUUUCUAGACGCCUCACAUACACCGGCUUAAAAAAUUUGAAGGUUAGGGCGAAAAAGUGGCGAUUUCUCCGAAAGGCUACAAGGGACGCUCUGAGGUGCCUCACUGAUACCAACAAGUCUCAAAAAGAUCGUCAAAAGGCGAUCCAAGCCCUGGCCCGCUCGUACGUUAUGAUAUCUUGCUUCCACGUACAAAUCAAGGACCAGACAAUCGACUACAGAAGCUUUGCAGUUUGUCGUAGCGCCGUCGUGGACGUUACCGAAUCUGCAGUACGGGCCCGGGAAGCCCUGGAGGAGGCCCAGGUCAAAUUAGAUAAGGCGCAAAGGGAGCUAGACCUUGCACAGGCUGAAGCCGCGGAUGCCCAGGAUGUAGAACUCAAAGCCGAGCACGUCAGAAACCUUGAAGCCGCGCUUUUGGCGCGAAAAAAAGAGUUUCGCGAGGCCGACGAGGCAGUUCUAGUGUCAUCAGGCAUCUUCCUCAACACACCAUCUCCAGAGCAGCGCAACCAAGCGGAAAUCAAGGGGAAGGACUAUGAGUGGAUGCUUGGUGCCCUUGAUGAGAUACAAACGUAUCGCGAAAUGGUAUUCAUGAAAGCUAAGCAACUCUUCGCCGCCUCGAUCGCUGCAGACAAACGCAAACGAUCAAGCAAAGCAGAAACAGAAAUGGAAGCGACGCCAGUCGAGCAGUCAGGAAACAAAGAGAUAGAGCAACCGAUAGAGAAGGAGGACGAGGCAGGGCAGGACGUUGAUAUGGAAAGCAUCAGAGAGCAACCUGCACCCAUCGAAGAGUAUAAGGAAAAGCCCGAGCGCGUUCAAAACCUCGAAUCGUCUAAGCCCUACCACCGCCCGACCAUCAGACUCAAUGAGGCGACCGCCAAAACAAAGCCCAUCCAGCUCAAGGAUUCCCUGGCCGACCACUACCCCAUGAUCGCCUUCCCCUUCAAAGUAACCACAACCGUCAUGUUGACGCUCCACAAGCUGUUCGAGGAGUGUUGCUACCAAUUUGCCCUCGUACACAUCCCCCAUCACCUGGUCGAGCAAAAUUGGGACUGCCCCGAAGCCGUCGAGUUGAGCACGUGGCACAAGAUCUUCAGCGAGCUGCUCCAGACCGAUGCCGACCAUGUCUUCGCCUUCGACACGGGCUCCACGUUUGAAACGGCUGUGCCCGCGCGCCGCCGCGUCAUCUACGUGAACAACCACCUUUUCACCCUCAAAGACAUCCGCAACCAGGCAGUCCAUCCUAGGCCCCUCAACCCCAUGGCGCUGCCCAAAAUACUCCGCCGCGCCGCCGAGCUCGCUCGCCUGUUCCGCGACCGCCGCCUUCAGCAGGACAUCGAGCGGCUCUCCUCCGAGAUCAACCGCAUCUUGACGGCCGUGAAGACCCGCCGGGCCGAAAGCCUCAAGAAAGGCCGUACGUAUGAACUGUACCGCCAGAUCGUGGCUGACAAGGCCGCCAUCCAACGUGUCCGGAAUCUACUGGCCGACCGACAGGUCUCGGCCUCCUCCCAGGAGCACUGGGCCGCGUGCAUCAUGUUCGAGAAGGACAUAGAAAGCCUGUUGGAGGCGUUAUCGGUUGCUAUUCAGGCAGACGAGGAGGCCAGGCUCGAGGCCGAACUCCCGCCGCUCGUCGAGGUGGCAGAAAAGAUGGCCGCGGAGGUGGAAAAGAGGAACGCGGAGAUGCAGCUAAGGCUGGAGGCGGUGCGCGAGUCGAGAGCGGACAUGGUGCUGGGGAAGAUGCAGUUUUUGUUGAGCAAGCAUGCGUGGAGAAUGAAGACCGACAGGUUUCCGUUUAUGAAUCUGUCGGAACGGAAGAGGGAGCUUGGUGGCGUGGGUUCGCCUCUUCCAUCGGCUGAUGAGCAGGGAGGGCCACAGGAAAAGCUUGAACCGUAUGAGCGUCAGCGGCAUGGCGAGCAACCGGACGAGAAAACCGGUUUUGGACCACCUGGUUUGACCAAAUCGUCCUACGCGUACAGAUCCAUCAUCAGGAACGCCUUGACUCAGGAUUUACGAAGAGAGGAGCGCGAACUCGAACGCGAGCAGGCCAACGCCGAUGUUGAUGCGCACGCCAAUGCCACGAGCAUGUCUGCCGAGGAGGAACGAUUUAGGCCAGAAUCUACACCCUCUCUACCAGAGGAAGGAGAGUGGUAUGACGAGGCUAUGAGCGAGUCCGAAAGCGGUGACUGGGGCCCAGACGGCUACCACAUGACUACCAGCGGGUUCUUCGAAAUGUUGGAGAAGAAGAAAAAGCUACCCUUGGAAGAUUUCAAGCAGCGGGCGAUGAAGGAGAUGGCGGCUGCGGCGGUGAAGGCGACAAAGGCGGAGCAGGAAGGGGAAAAGGUGGAGCAAGUUGACGCCGAAGAAAGCCCUCGCACGACAGCAGCUGAUGAUGAGACCAUGUUCAACAAUUUAAUGGAUGAAUACGACGCUCUGCGCAAGGAAGGUCUCAUGAAUCUCAUGAAGAAGGACAUGAAGCGGAGAAUCGCAUUCGAGAAGAAGUGCGCUAGGCAGAGAAUGACAAUUGAUAGCGAGUUGAAACCGUUAAAGGAUGAGAGAGUCAGGAUAGUGAAGGAGAUGAAAGUGUUAUGGGAGAAAAACGGAAGGCUGGAGAUGGAGAAGGAGAAAGCGAAAGGGGCGGAACAUCAACUGGUGGGAAAAAACGAGGAGGUGGACGAAAACAAAAACGAACUCGAACCCAUCGCCGCCGCCGCCGCCGCCGCCGCCGAUAACGUCGUCGACAAUGAAGCUGCGCUCAGCAUUGGGAUAAAGGCACUGGCCGAGUUGGCUAUAAAGAAGAAAGAAAACGCGGCAAAGAUCGAAAUCCUCACAGUGAGAAGGCAAAGGAUAGCAAAGAUCUUGAAAAAGCUGAGAAGACUCAACCCGGCUCGGUCCGUCACCUUUGUCAAGAUCGGCCACACAGAAGAAGCUGCCACCGAUGACCCGUCCAGUCACGUCGAGAUUACCGACGUUGAAGUCGAUACCAACAUGGAGCUCACCGAGGCCGAGGCCGAGGGCUGGAGGUCCAGUAUUGAGGAGGCCGUUGACGCUGACAUCAAGGGUGCUUCUUCCUUUAAUCCUAAGGAGGCAGCUAUGAAGUCGUUUCUCACCAUGGAGGAGGCACUUGAGGAGGCUAUGCCCGAGGUCACCACUGCUCCCGAGGUUUCUGAUGAGGUUACUCCUGCCGGAGAGGCCGCUGCCGGAGAGGUCGCUACACCUGAGACCUCCGUCGAACCUUGCGACACCGAGACCUCCUCCUCCACUGCUGCGUUAGCCGACUCUGAGACUGUCGCCAUCCAAGAGGAUAGUACGGAAGAGACGGCCAUGUCAUCGGACCUCGUCAAUGGUACCGCUGAUCAGAACGAUGUGCUUGAAAGCACACCCGUUCAAGAUGCUCCCGAGGAAGAGGCAACCACUCAGGAGAUGCAUUCAGAUGAGAAGACCCCAUCACUGUUCGUUCCGACGCCGAGACCCCCGCGGGGGAGGGCUCUGACGAAUCUUGCUCUUUACGUCUCCCGAAGGACGCAGCCAGUUGUGGAUACGAGGGAGGAUAUGGAUGAGGAUCUAAAGGAGGGUUUGAAGGAGGAAGUGAAGGACGAGUUGAAGUACGAGCUCAAAGACGAGCUAAAAGACGAGCUGAACGAGGAUGCGAAGGAGGGUUUCAAGGAGGAUGUGGUUGAGGGAGUGAAGGACGAGUUGAAGGGGGAGCCGAAGGACGAGCCGAAAGACGAACUGAAGGACAAGCUGUAGGAGGAUUGGAACCCCGCAGCUGAGACUAAGGAUGUGAAAAGCGAGGAGGAGACGGCGUCACAGGCUAGAGAAAAAUAGUCUUCUUAAUGAAGUGAAUAGAAGAAGGGGACGAAUACGGGCUACAUUGGUCGAUGGGGGUUAUGUAUAAAAUGUGUACAAUAUGUUUUCAUUUUAUUGUAUUCUAUUUAAGUCCAAUAUCUUCAC